CUACAAUAAUACACGCGGAGCAGAAAUGCCCUAAACAGCGUCCCAAUGAGACGCCGGACGCGCAAAGCUCUGGUGCAGGUACUCUUCUUCAUCAGUAUUCUUCUCCUCAUUAUAUACCUUACCCAACCCCAAUCCCACGAGACCUACGCAUGGAACCGUAUCCGAUAUAAGACGACUUCCGCCAGGCUACCGGAGUCGCGCGGCGUCUGUCCAGGCCUGGCAACAGCGACAGAUGGCAACAAACCAGCACUGGUGGUGUCACGCGUUAGUUCCGAUGGGGAUCCUAGCUGGCUUGAUCGAUUAGCCAACAAGUAUCAUUUAUGCGUCUAUGCGGCUGAUGCGCCAUUGGAUCCAAAGUCGAAGGAUCUCCAGGUCCCUGCGAAUCGCGGCCAUGAGGCAAUGGCAUAUCUGACGUUCAUUAUCGACAAUUACGCGUCGAUUCCUGCUGCAGGCGCGGUGUUUGUCCAUGGAUCUCGCUGGGCAUGGCAUAAUGAUGCCCCGGAUUAUGAUAAUGCAGCCUUGCUAGCCGCACUCGAUGUCCCUGCAGCGCUCGCGCCGUGGGGUUAUCAUAACCUCCGCUGUGACUGGAGUGCGAGCACAUGUCCCCCUUCGGUAUCGCCUCAGGGAAGUCUCGAGAACUCUCUCCAGGCAGUUGUGGAGCCGUGGAGUGCCCGCACAGCGUCUGACGUGGCGCUGCCGCGCGCUCUGGCAGCGCUAUUCGGCGGAGAUGCGAAGUACACAAUGACUAGAGAGGGCAUGAGACUGCGCCUUGGUCGUGGGGACGCAGUUCGCUCGCAAUGCUGUGCGCAGUUCGUCGUUGCACGGAAUAACAUCUGGCAGCAUUCGCGCGAUGAGUACAUUGCCUUGCGGCAGUGGUUGCUUGAUGGGAGCGAUGAGAAAAAUGAGAACCCCAAUGCUGCACCUCGCGAUGACCGCAUCGCGGGAAGAAUCCUGUCGUAUGUGUGGCAUAUUCUAUUCUUGAAACAUGAGGAAUCACCAGAUUCGUCAUCUUUGGACACCGUUGGGGGUAUUGAUCUCGAGCGGCUUAAUAGACGAGCUUGUCCAAGUGCCAGUGAGUGCUAUUGCCGGCUGUAUGGACGCUGUAAUCUCGAGCGUUGCACUGCAAGUAGUUGCCGCGGACAGUACAAUUUGCCGCCGAACUAUAAGCUACCCGAUGACUGGGCAGCGACGCAUUCGUGAAGAAUGCUCAAAAGAGUAUAUGUUAUGCCACUUGGUUCUCCUUUUGGAUCGGUUCUUGGAAAGCUAUGCACGAAUAUAUCCGACUAUAACAAUUUUUUUUUGGUACGACUUGAUAUAACGCCGCUCUAUAAGCACGCGGUUCACACCUCUUUCGGCCCGUUGUAGGCCUUUAUACAAUAUCACAGGAAUUUCACGCAGGAACUAGGUUCUGAUUUAAUGUGUAUAA